CGUCCAUACGCCGGGAAGAUAAUAAGACACCCACGCUCUGGCCGGGUAAAUACUGUUGUGUGAUUUACAGUAUGUUAAAGUGUUGCUGUUCGUUGUCUGUGGACGGCCUGACAUUGUAAACAAGGUGAGCGAUUAUACGUGACUACAAAUGUACUGUGGUUUUCUAUACAAACAAAUAUAUUCUGCAACAUAAUUACCCCAACGGGUAAUAACCACAAUCGACAACCACUGGAUUUUGUGAAAGAAAGAUUCUAGUGGUCACUCCGGAGUUUGUGAAUACUCCAGAUUUUGAUUCGUAAUAUGGAAAUAGAUAUACUUUGUGUGAUUGUUUUUUAUCAGUGUUAGAUAAAAUGUAAACAGCUGUACAACAAACCGCCUUUUCUGUGAAUCAACUUUCUAUAGUCAAAACACUUCAACGGUUUUGCAUCAUUUUAUCAAAAUGGCCAAACCACUAUACAAAGCUCAGAUUACUUUUCGUAUCAAAGAUCAAACCACCUGUACACACCACAAAGGGGGACAACUGGACCUUUACUGUGAAGAAUGUCAAGUUCCUGUUUGCAUCAAGUGUGUAUCUACUGUACAUAAGAGUCACCUUUUGUGUGACCUUAGUAAAAUUACUCAUCAAAGUAAACAUGACAUUCAAAACUUUAUAGACAAGACAGAGAAAGUUGACCUCGUACAAAUCGACCAGUUCCUAACAUCUACUGAUAAACAACUAAAGGACAAUACCAGCAACUUUGAUAAACUUUCACACCAGUUAAAGACACAAACAAACAAAUUAAAAGAAGAUUUGGACCAAUUAACAGCACAGACUUUGUCUCUCUAUCAACAAACGGAAAAAGAUAAUACCAAGCUACUACAGACUUACAAACAGGACCUAGAAGUGUACGACGCUCAGCUAAAAAAACAAGUGCAAGAAUGUAUGAUAGCCCUUCAACAUGGCUCUGACAUACAAAUCUACGACACAGGGUGCGAGAUUCAAUCUGCAUUAACUCUCCCUGCAAAACCUACUCUAUGCACUGCCAGCUUCACACCGAACCAAAAUUCUCAGGUUCACCUGGAAAAAGCUUUUGGAGAAGUCAACACCUCCUGUCAAUGCCAGGGUCAAGCUUCACCAGGUCAUGAUCUGUCAGUUGGAUCAUCUGCUGAACAAGGAUCAUCCUCUACACAACAAAACUCCACAGGAAGAAAGGAAGUGAAAAGUCCAGUAUAUCGACUGUUGCCUCAGACCAAGGUGUUGGGGAAGUGGACGUCUCCAUGUUACAUCACUUCUGUAUGUCCAACCAUUGAUGGUCAGGUGUGGAUUAGUGCCUGUGACGAUAUCACCUUAAAUCUUCUGGAUAGGAAGGGCAAAGUAAUACAGAAGAUUAAACACAAUACUAGGAUCACAGACAUAAGUCUGUCACCCACAACCAACACACUGUGGGUCUGUGACUGGAAAAACAACAUCACAGAGCUCGUGUCAGGACGACUUGUACAGAGAUUCAGCACCAGGGAGUUACCACAGUGUAUCUGUAUUACAGUUAGUGACCAUGUCAUUGUGGGGAUGGCCAAACACAUCUCAAAAUUUACCAUUGAAGGUACAUUGGUACUUUCUACAUUGUCUGCGGGGACACCACUCAAGAUCUCAGAGUGUCCUGUAACUCACAAUAUCGCAAUAGUUGUCUUGAACAAACAAGGUGAUGGUUGUGAAGGGAAACCACGUGUUGUCGUCAUGAACUCUGAAAUCAAGGAACUAUUUGAAUAUCAUGGUGAAGUCACAGAAAUAUAUCAACCAUCAUCACAAUCAGGAAGUGAACCAUUUAACCCAUAUGGUGUGGUGUAUGACAGUAUGGGUAACCUAGUCAUAGGGGACUUGAACAACAGGUGUGUCCUACUCAUCAGUGGGCGUGGUGAAUUCCUCAGGAUCAUACACACAGACAACAACGGGGCACGUGCUGUUGGUGUAGACAAGGAGGAUGUUCUGUGGGCAGUGUUUUGGUAUGAUAGAGUCACACUACUACAGUACAGCAGUACGCAGGACAAACAACAAUGCAUUAUCUCGUAACCAUGACAACAUGAUAAUACAAAGCUGCCGAACUUCCACCCCGGACAUAUAUUAUAGACCUACAGAGUGAAUCGAUUCAACAGACAUAACAAUUUUAGGAAAUGGAAAUUCAAUUACUAUCUCACCGAAAUCAUAAACAAAUAAUGUUUGACAAAAGUGUUGAAGUGAAUUGGAAAAAAUAUUCAACCUUAUAUAUUUUUUCUGACUUUUCCCCCCGAAACCAUAUUCUAAAUUUAAUGUCUGUUUUAGCUAAUACAUGUAUGAAAAUAAAUA